AUGUACGAAGUUGACUUCGAUCUUCAAAUAUCAAAUCUACGCGAAGAAGCAUAUCUCAGUGUUGAAAGUGUCGGUCGCGUACAAGUUUCACGUGUUGUCGUCUUGGAUGGCGUUCGUCAAUUACUGAUCAAUAGGUUAAUGCGUGAUCGUCUACAUCUCGAUGUUGAUAUCAAUCAUAUGUCGUUGUGUAACAUUGGGCCAGGCAAUUCAGAUUUCGUACCGAAUCCUGAUCUUUAUCAAUCAUUACAAGAUGUCGUUCUACGUCAAUAUCGAGGUGACCAAUGGCAAGGCUACUACUAUGUCACGCCAAUAUUCGUACCAGAUCUUCCAUGGGAUAUUGUACUUGGAUCUAAUCAUUUUCAUCGACUUGGCGUAGAGUGGAAUAGUGAGAUAAAACAUCAAUUCUUAUAUUGGCUUGUAUUUGAUUCAUUUGGCCGUUAUGAAAAACGAGCUAAAAGAAAAUUAAAAUGUAUGAAUGAUCAAAAAGAUGGUGAAUACUAUGCUAUUAUAAUUGGUACUGGUUUUUCUGGUCUUGGCUCGGCUAUUAAACUAAAUAAACUUGGAAUAGAUAAUUAUAUUGUAAUUGAACGAUAUGGACAUGUUGGUGGUACAUGGUAUGCUAAUAAAUAUCCAGGUUGUGCAUGUGAUGUUCCAUCAAAUCUUUAUUCAUUUUCAUUUGAACCUAAUCCAAAAUGGUCACACUAUUUUAGUCGACAACCUGAAAUAGCUGAGUAUCUUGAAUAUUGUACAGAUAAAUAUAAUAUUCGUCAACAUAUACAAUUUAAUACAAAUGUUACACAAUUAAAAUGGAUUGACGAACAAAACUUAUGGCAAGUCACAAUUCAAUCAAAUAAUCAAGAAAAACAACUUUUUGCUCGAAUUAUUAUUGCAGCUACUGGACCAUUAUCAAGUGCUUCUUAUCCAGCUGAUAUUCCUGGUAUUGAUAAAUUUGAAGGUCAAAUGUGUCAUACAUCUGAAUGGGAUAAAACAAUUGAUUUUAAAAAUAAACGUGUAGCUGUUAUUGGUACUGGAGCAAGUGCUAUUCAAGUCGUUCCAGAAAUUCAACAGAUGAAUGUAUCACAAUUAUUUGUUUUUCAACGAACACCACCAUGGAUUAUUCCUCGAGUUGAUCGACGUGUAAGUAAUUUCGAAAAACGUCUAUUAACAUAUUUUCCAAUUAUUCAAAAAUUGAUUCGAAGAAGUCUUUAUUGGUCACGUGAAGCUUUAAUACUUUCAUUUGCUUAUCGUUGGCCAAUUCGUUAUGUUAAUGAAGAACUAGUUAGAAGUAAUCUUAAUAGAGAGAUAAAAGAUAUAGAAUUAAGAAAAAAAGUUAUACCAACAUGGGAUUUUGGAUGUAAACGUGUUUUAAUAAGUAGUGAUUGGUAUUCAACAUUACAAAAAUCAAAUGUAAAACUUAUAACAAAUCGUAUUAAACAAAUUAAAUCACAUUCAAUUAUUACUUAUGAUGGAGAUGAAUAUCCAGUUGAUAUUAUUAUUUGGUCAACAGGAUUUCAAACACAAAAAUUUGCAGUACCUAUUUAUGGAAUUAAUGGUUGUUCAUUAGCUGAACAAUGGUCUGAAACUGUAAAGGCAUAUCGUGGUAUAACUGUACCUAAUUUUCCAAAUUUGUUUAUUCUUCUUGGACCUAAUUCUCGUCUUGGUCAUUCAUCUGUAAUAAUUAUGCUUGAAGCUCAAUUAGAAUAUAUGGUCGAAACUCUUCUUUAUAUCGAUAAGAAUAAUUUACGAUCAUUUUCAAUAAAACAAAAUGUACAUGAUGCAUAUAAUCAAUGGAUACAAUCGAAAUUACAUAAAACAGUAUGGUAUUUAGGUGGUUGUCAUUCAUGGUAUCAAAAUGUAAAAGGUACAGUUACAACAAUAUGGCCAGAUUUUACAUGGAUUUAUUAUUUAUUAAUGAAAAAGUUUGAUUAUGAAAAUUAUAUUUUAGAAAAAUAA